CGCUCGCCAUGGUCCACCUGCCGCCAUGACGUCUCGGGGUCUUCGCAAAUUGUCCUUCUUCCUCGGCCUCUGCCUCGCCGCCCACGUGGCGUCGGGCGAAGUCGCCAGGUCCUUCGUCUUUGACUUCAAAAACGACAUGGAGGGAUGGUUGUCCUACAGAGGGUCGUGGCGCUGGUCGGAUCGUGACAGCUUGGCCAACACCCUCCCCGCCGAUUCCAUAGAUGACGGCUUCGCUGUCGUGGACACGGUGGGCAGCGACGAACUGUACACCCCGUACUUCAACGCUACCUCCGGCGCCACCUUCACCCUCACGUUCUUCCUGCGAUCGCGCUGGGAGGGCUCCAACAGCAUGUACGUCGACAUGCAGAAGAGGGGCCAGCAGAUGACGCUGUUCAUCGAUCUCAACGACUACUCCAGUCAGUUCUCCAGCUCUUGGAUUACUGUGACGGGAGAGAUUCCUCCUUCCGAGGAAGAUGUUAUGCUAAUCGUGUUCUGCUACAAUGGAGACGUAGCGCCUGCCGGCUCCCUCAUGUACGGCUGUGCGAUCGACCAGAUCCAGAUUGACCUUCAUGGAGACGAAACAACCACUCAGACUUCGACAGUCGCUACGACCACAUCUCCUGAAACUACAGAUGCAUCUACUAAAGCUCCAGAGACAACAGCUGAACCCACUGAAGCCCCUGAGACAACAGCUGAACCCACUGAAGCCCCUGAGACAACAGUUGAACCCACUGAAGCCCCCGAGACAACAGCUGAACCCACUCAAGUCCCAGAGACGACGGAGGGACCAAACAGGAUACUAGAGUACAACUUCCAGUCCAGUGUCCAGGGCUGGACGCUGAGCCAGAUGAACGGGGCCGCCUGGAAGAGGGUCGAGUUCGAGGGCGCCAGCCACCAAGUUUCGCCUCCCCCUGAAGGUCCCUGGGUUCUGCAGGUCUUCCCUGAACACAUCUUCGCAGGAACCGCCCUCGCUCAGAGCCCAAAACUCAGGGCUAUCGGAAGCUCACUGACCGUCGACCUCACCUUCUGGAUGGACGGGACGAAAGACCUCCCCACCAAGUUGAAAGCUCGUAGACGGGAAGGGUUCAGUACCUUUGACGUCGAACCAAUUAUGAACCUUGAUCCGUACGGAAACCAGAUGAACUACGAAUGGGUUAUGUUCAGGGCCUCCAUCCACGAUCUGGUCCCUGGAGAAACAUUUACAAUCACUCUAGAGGGCUCCCUGGGCGGCAACCCCAACAACUCGGUGGCCAUCAACAAGGUCGUCCUGGAUGGCGUCGAGGAAAUCCCAACAGACACUACCGAAUUCAUUGACUUCGAAGGUGGUCUGUUCGGUUGGUCUGCGGGCAACAUGGACGGUGGACGUUGGGUUCUCAAGUGCUGGGCCGACCUUGACCCCUCCUUGAACGUCCCACAGCCUUCUGACGGCAAGAACUUCCUCUUCGUGGACCGCUUUGACAUCCACUCAGGUGUUAUUUCGCUGGAAUCCCCUGCUUUCACCGUGUCUCCCGGACAACGGAAGAAAGUCGUCGUGACAUUUUGGCUUCGAGGCUCCGUCGUCUACCCUGCAGUUCUUAGGCUACGGAAGAAGACUGUCAACGGUAUUUACGACGACCUCCCCUUCCUCAACCUCGCUCAGUACGGCGACAUCGACAACCCAGACUGGAUUCAGCUGAACAGGGAGUAUGAGAUCCCUGUCGACGAGACUGAAGAAGCAUUCCAGCUGGUGAUCGAGGCUGACCUGGGCAGUGACGCGGGCAACAUGGCGGCUCUCGAUGACCUGAAAAUCAUCACAGAAUACAUCACGCCCUAGAGAUGGCUGAGUGGCGGAAAUUUCUUCUUUUUAUACGAAUGGACGGAAAUAAAACGAUCAAAAUAGA